AUGGCCGCUCGAAAUUCGCGGAGGAUUCUAAGACCUCUCCUUUACACCUCCGCUGCCGUGGCCGCGGGCGCCGGUGUCGUCUACAUUUCAUACCGCCCCCGCAAUAUUCCUGGUCUUGAAGCCCCUGCAGUUCCGCCACCAGGAUACCAUGAAGGAAAACUUGUGCCUCCCAGCUUCCCCAAGAUCAAAUCCCGCUUGGAGCAGAUUCAGGACCUCAAGCGCAGCACCUCCGCGGAUAAUUCGGAAGAGUAUGACCUUAUUGUGAUCGGCGCGGGCGCGACAGGAUCAGGGAUUGCUCUUGACGCGGCCACAAGAGGCCUGAAAGUCGCGGUUAUCGAAAGAGACGACUUUAGCGCUGGAACCAGUAGUAAGAGCACUAAGCUUGUUCACGGCGGUGUUCGUUAUCUUGAAAAGGCCGUUUGGGAGUUGGACUACAGCCAGUAUGCGCUUGUCAAGGAAGCCCUGCGGGAGCGCAAGUACUUUUUGAACACUGCUCCCCAUCUCUCCAGCUGGCUCCCGAUUAUGGUGCCCGUGCAGAAAUGGUGGCAGGUACCCUACUUUUGGGCCGGUACCAAGUUCUACGAUUUCUUGGCCGGUUCGGAAGGAAUCGAAAGCUCCUACUUCUUGCCUAAGAGCAAGGCCAUUGAAGCUUUCCCCAUGCUAAGAAAGGAUAAUCUUCUCGGUGCCAUGGUCUACUACGAUGGUGCUCAUAACGACUCCCGAAUGAACGUUUCUCUCGCCAUGACGGCUGCGUUGUACGGUAGCACUGUGGUCAAUCACAUGGAGGUUACCGGCCUCACAAAAGAUGCGUCCGGAAAACUGAACGGCGCCCGGGUCAAGGAUUGCAUUCCUGGGUUGGAUGGCCAAGAAGCAGAAGAAUUUACGAUCCGGGCGAAGGGAGUCAUCAAUGCAACCGGGCCCUUCACCGAUUCUAUCAGGAAGAUGGAUGAGCCUAGUGCCAAGGAAAUUGUGGCCCCUAGCGCAGGUGUCCAUGUUAUCCUACCUGGUUAUUACAGCCCUGCGAACAUGGGUCUUAUUGACCCAUCCACGUCUGACGGCCGUGUCAUUUUCUUCCUCCCCUGGCAAGGAAACACGAUUGCUGGAACCACAGACCAGCCGUCAGAGAUCUCAUACCAGCCCCAGCCCUCAGAGAAGGAUAUUAACUGGAUUCUCUCAGAAAUCCGACGCUACUUGGCCCCGGAUAUUAACGUUGAGCGAACCGACGUGCUUGCUGCCUGGGCCGGAAUUAGACCUCUGGUGCGCGAUCCCAAAGUGAAGAGUUCCCAAGCCUUGGUCCGAAACCACCUCAUCUCUGUCUCUCCUUCUGGCCUGUUGACUUGCGCUGGUGGAAAGUGGACUACCUACCGCCAGAUGGCCGAGGAGGCUGUGGAUGAAGCUGUCAACGUAUUCGGGCUUAAGCCUCGUGAAAAGUCGGAAGUUCCGGACAUCAGCGGUGUCGGCGGCCGUGGCUUAGUUGCCGACAACGCUGUGCUUGAUGGUUCUUGUCAGACUCACCAGGUCCGCCUGAUUGGUGCUCACGGCUGGUCUAAGACCCUUUUCAUCAACCUUAUUCAACACUACGGUCUCGAGACGGAGGUGGCUAAGCAUCUGACCCAGUCAUACGGCGAUCGCGCAUGGCAGGUUGCGGCACUGUCUUCCCCCACGGAGGAUCUUUUCCCAGUCCGGGGCAAGAGAAUUUCGGCCCUCUACCCCUUCAUUGAUGGCGAGAUCCGCUAUGCUGUUCGCCACGAAUACGCUCAAACCGCGGUCGAUGUCAUUGCACGCAGAACUCGCUUGGCAUUCCUCAACGCCCAGGCUGCACUCGAGGCUCUUCCCACGGUUAUUGACCUGAUGGGCGAUGAGCUGAACUGGGAUAAGACCAGGAAGGAUGUUGAGUGGAAGGAGACUGUCCAAUACCUCUCCUCCAUGGGACUUGCCAAGAACCUUCUCUCGGUGACCAGGGCAGAGGUUGAGUCUGGAAAGGUGAGGGAGUUGUAUGACGGCCAGAGAGGAGCUUUCACAAGAGAUGAAAAACCCGGAGAGGUUUCGUCUUCCUCUAACCCCGUUAUUGGGACUGAGUCCCCAGCAAAUAAAUAG